UAGCAUACGUUAGCCAUUCGUCUUAGGGCAUGGUAGGAUAUCAAUAGUACGUUUAGUCUGAUAUGAUACCGUAGUAAAACUACUCUUUGUCACAUCCUGGUCGAUGUUUAUGGACUGCCAGAAGUUGACAUUUCUUUGAGCGGACUUCCAGGUAAGGUAACGUUACGAAAAUGCCAUUGCAUGGGAAGAUAGUGGUGAUCAAGAGGACUGGAGGAGAUGGCACCGAGUUUCCUCUUACUGCCGCAUGCUUGUUUGGAAGGAAGCCCGACUGCGAUAUCCGUAUUCAGCUUCCCCAAGUCUCCAAGGAGCAUUGCCGAAUUGACUUCAAUGAAAAUAAAGAGAUCAUUUUGACAAAUUUGAGCUCGGCAAAUCCAACCCUUGUCAACGGAGAGGUUUUGCAGCAAUCUGAGCGUCUGAAGCACGGAGAUGUGAUAACUGUUAUUGAUCGUUCUUUCAGGUUUGAGUACCCUCCACCACCCACGCCGAAGAAGAGGUCUUCCAUAGGAGGCAAAACUGAAACCCUCAAAGUUCUUCAAAAUCAACACGUGGGGGACACAGUUUCCACUGAAACUGGAGAAAAAGUGUCCACAGACCCUCAUCUUAAAGAUGGAACUAACCAUGAAAACAUCCAGCGACCCCUGGAGAAAACUGUGGAGAUGGAGACCAAGGAGGGUGAAGGCCUGCAGCAAAGCAAGACGGCCUCCCCCUUCAACGAUCUGUAUCAAAUGAUCAAAAAGUCCCUGGAUGUCAAGACCCCUCGGAAAUCAUCUGCCAGUGUACUUCAAACGCCUACCUCGAGGUUUUGCACUCCAAAACCUGCUUCAGUCAGGAAAAAUGAUGGAAACCUCGUCAUUUCCACAGAAGACCACAUCACUCCUAAGAAGGAUGAAGCUAAAGUCUCUUCUGUCGCUGAUGAAGCUAAGCCGGAGGCUGGAAACGUAAGUAACGGGACCCCAAAGUCUGUGAAGAAGCAGAGGAGGUCCGUCCAGGUUCCUUCCCCUGAGAUGGCCAGACCGGAGGUUCAAGAAGCUGAAAAUGCUGCCAGGUCUGAAGCGACUUCCCCCCAGAAGAGAAUCCGUACACCUCCCAAGAGGUUUACUGUAGAGCAAAUUUCUGCAACGCCCAAAUCACCCGUGAGACGGAGAAGCAAAGAGGCCAAACCGGCAGAGACGAAGGAACAAGAAGAGGAAGCGGUUACUUCUCCCAAAACGGAGCGUCUUCGAAAGGCAUCACCAAGGAACUCCGGGAAAGUGAAAGAGACGUCCAAGAAGCGUAAAAGCGAAGAACUUGGGGCCGACCUUCUCACGUCCCAGAUGAAGAAGAAACGGGUUUCCUUCGGAGGUUCUCUGUGUCCCGAGUUAUUUGAUAAACGUCUGCCGCCCAACUCUCCGCUACGCAAAGGGGCCGAUCCGCGCAGGAGUCUGUGUGUGACUAAACCCGUACAGUCACUCCUGCGACGAGCAUCAGCCAUUUGCUUGCUACAGGACAAGAAGACUGGAAAGACCCCUUCUCCCAAGGCUGCGUCUCCAGCAAGGGGACGGUCUCCCACUGUGCAAGGGCGCUUUUCUGUGUCCCACAUCGACACACCAUCUCCAGUUGCAGAAGGUGCCUUUACUGAACAGGUGUCUUUAGUCACUGCAACUCACCUGAGGAGGACGUGCACCUCACGGGAGGCUCCAAAUCUGGCAAAAGUAAUGCGCAGAAGAAGUGGCAUUUCACGGGCCUCUAUGAAAGUCAAAAAUUCCUGGGCAGAAAUUGUGAGAUUUGGGCAAACUAAGGCUCAAGUGGCUCCAGCUAAAAAAACGGUCACCAAAAAGACAACGAAGAAGGCUGUCUCCAAACCACAGACCCCUGUGAGAAACUUCGACAGCCAUGUCAGCACUGGGCAUGCCGAUUCCCCCGUUACCAUCGUGGUGGGCAGAGCGCACAAACAAAAAGUCGUACAGCCAACUGGUGCCGCCCCGAAAUUGGUCCCCAAUAUCGCUCUCUUUAAAAAGAACACGAAGACGGGGGAGGACUUGACAGGAAUCUCUGAGAUGUUGAAAACCCCCGCAAGUGAACAGAGGACGAGAUCUGUGAUCGAUGAGAACGACGCCCCAAAGACACUGGUGGGAGGUCUGGGCACGUCUGUGGUGGAACCGUCAGUGUUGAACACACCGGAGGAGACAGGUGAAAUGAUGGUGUCUCCGCUGAGUGUUUCAUCUACAGUAAAAGACAGAAGCUACAACAGCGAGGCGGUCCAACGCCUCUUUGAUAAUGACCAAGAAGCCAGCGUCGUUGGAGCAGCCCCCGCUGUGGAGGAUUCUAGCGAACAGCAGCGCCCAGAUGUGAAGACCACGUCUGUAGCGACUCCCAAACAGAAGCCAGAGUUACCGGAAUGUCUCACUGGAGUGAAGAGGAUGAUGAAGACGCCAAGACAGAAAGCGGAGCCUAUCGAGGACCUGAGAGGGAAGCUUUUGAAGACUCCUAAGCAGAAGCCGGAAAACCAGGAGUGUCUCACUGGAGUGAAGAGGAUGAUGGCGACCCCAAGACGGGAGGCUGAACCUGUAGAUGACAUCAAAGUGGAACUUCUGACCACUCCCAAACAGAAGCCUGAACAACAAGAGGGCCUCACUGAAGUUAAGAGACUUUGUGAGACUCCACAACCGGAGGUUGAGCUUCUUGAAGACGAAGGAAAACCUGUGGAAGCUCCCAAAGCUCUAGAGGCUAGUGAGGUACUCGUGAAGACACCAGCACGCGUGCAAGAAUCAGAAGACCUCUCUGAAAUCAGAGACCUGACAGCCCCAAAGAGCUCCCCAUUGGUGUGUCUCACAGAUGGCAAGAGAAUAGCAAAGACCCCCAAGGAGAAAAGUGCUCCAGUGGAAGAUGUGGUUGGUGUGAAGAGGCUCGUGAAAACUCCCAAAGUAAAGGCCCAACCGGUGGAGGAGAACUUCGGUAUUGAGAGACUUGUGAAAACGCCGAGGCUGAGCGCUGAUGCACCGGUGGAAGACGUUGAGGGAGUUCAAGAGCUCAUGGAGGAGCCACUGACUGAACCCUCAGCACAGCCGGAGACCAAUGAGGUUGCAGAUCAAACUCCUCUGGAUUGUGAUGAAGACGUAGCGAAAGAACUAGUCUUUGCCCUCGAGGAGCCAACAGAUGUGAUUAAUGUUCCCCAAGAUGACAAAGAAACGGAAGCCGAUGCAAAUGAAGUUGUCGCUGAUUUAGAGGAGUUGCCAAGUGGACAUGAUGAUAAUGAACCAUCGGAUGCUGUAGAAACCAUCUCUCAUGCAGCUGUAGAUGAGAAUCUAUGUGUGGAAAAACCCACAGUGGACACAGAUGAGAAGUUAUCUGAGGAACAACCUGAAGUGGAAGCUGCUACUAUCAAAGUCACAGAAAUGGAAACGACUGCCACACACCCUGACCAUGAGAAGUCUGUUUUAGACAGCACGCUUAAAACGGCCGAAUCUCUUGCAGCUGAUGCAGCAGAACACGGUGACGAAGCUGUCGUCUCUGCUCCAGUCAGAGGAAGAAGAGGGAAGAAAACUGAAGCUACAGCACCGCCUGCUGUUAGACAGUCAAGAGGCAGAAAUGCAAAGUCUCAAGAAAGCCCCUCUGAGGAUCAACCUGAAAUGGCCCCAUCUGUUACUGUAGACGCUCAACCUCAGAAGUCCAUUCCUGCUCUUGAAAAACCCAAAAGAGGGAGAAAGCCAAAACCUGAUGCUGUUGAACAAAACAAGGUGGCAGAAGACUCUGUUGUUGCUGUGGAGACCAAGCAGCAGCCUCAGCCUCCAGUCAGGGCUAAGAGAGGAAGAACUGCUAAACUGGAAGAAGAAAAGCUAGAGUCUACAUCAGCUGAGACUGUCAACCAUGAAGCCAGCAGCAGUGCAGCGCCCCUGGAGAAGGCUGUGUUGAAGCCCAAGCGAGGGAGAAAAGCUAAACAACCUGAAGAAUCAUUGGCGGAGCAGCAAGAUGUGUCUACUUCUCACAGUGAGGAUGUUCCUCAAGCUGACCUGACAAAAGAAGCAGAUGCCAUGGAAACUGCGCCUGUAACUGAGAGUCUACCUGAAGAAGAAACGGCAACGAGCAAAGUCACAGAAAUGGAUGCAGCCGUUCAGAAGAGAUCUGGUCGAGGCAGAAAGGUGAAGCCGGUGGAGUCCAACUCCGCUGAGGAGAAACAUGAGGCAGCAGAGAUCUGUGACGAAGCUGUCGUCUCUGCUCCAGUCAGAGGAAGAAGAGGGAAGAAAACUGCAGACGCUCAACCUCAGAAGUCCAUUCCUGCUCUUGAAAAACCCAAAAGAGGGAGAAAGCCAAAACCUGAUGCUGUUGAACAAAACAAGGUGGCAGAAGACUCUGUUGUUGCUGUGGAGACCAAGCAGCAGCCUCAGCCUCCAGUCAGGGCUAAGAGAGGAAGAACUGCUAAACUGGAAGAAGAAAAGCUAGAGUCUACAUCAGCUGAGACUACUAAAUCCCAGGAACUGGCUAAAAAAUUAAAAAGAACCAGGAAGGCAGAGCAAGACCAUGUAGAACCAAGAGAAGAAGCCAUUGAAAUGGUUGUCCCAGAGGAGGCUGACGCUCCACUUGUUGCUGAGCCAGUGAAGAUGAGUGAAGAGGCUGCAAAACCCAAGAGAGGACGUAAAGCCGCUGAGGUCAGUUCCACAGACAAAGUUAAACGCGGUACGAGAGGAAAACGAGUUAGUGAAGAGGGUGGAGUCACUUCUGUACCAGAGGAUACUGAAGAGAAGAAUACUUCUGAGCCAGCCGCUCCAGUCAUGAAACAGAGCAGGGCAAGGGGGACAAAGACUUCCAUAAAAAACGAGGUUUCACAAGCCGUUCCAGCCAAGAGAGCCCGUCGAGGUGCAGCUGCCCUUGAGGAGACUAAUGCAGAAGCCAAAGUCCAGGUUUCAGAGCCUGUGUCGACUUCAGUAGAACCAGCCAGAAGAGGCAGACGGGCAGCAGCAAAGCCUGCAGCGAGUAAAGCCACGGUGACCAGUGAGCAGGCAGAGCCCACUGAAGACUUGCGCAAGGCCGUCAUAGAAGACACAAAAAGAUCCGUCAAGUGGAAAGAAGAGUUUAAAGAAUUCGAAAUUCCAAAAGUAACACCUGUGAAGGCAGUCCGAGGUGGAAAGUCCAAACUUGGAGGCCAAGUCGUCGCAGAAAGCAAAACGGUUCCAAAGGCUGCUGACAGAACUGAAGAGGAGGAUCUCUCAGACAAAGUUGUAGAAGCUCAGGCCGUCAAGAGAACCAGGAGAGGGCCAAAGGUCGCCGAUGUAACCGCUGACGAAGCCGAGUCCACAAGCCGGGUUGAAAGUGUUGAGGCACCGCCCAAAACCCGAAGAGGAAGAGCAGCAAAGAAAUAAAGCAUUUGUAUAUUUUGUUCAUCCUAAUGCCUUUUCCCCUCUUUAGACCGGUCUUUUUAUUAGAUUGUUCAGCAUUUUAGAAAGUAGUUUUAUAGACUGAAAAUUUAGCACUGCUUUUUUUCUCCAAUACAUCAGGGAAUCUUGUUAAACCAUUUUUUUCUAUCAAGUUGUAUGUUUUUCAUUGAUGGUUUUACAAAUAUCUUUAUGGUGAAAAAAGUAAUUAUUAAAUUUUUUUGUUCAAAUAU